AUGGGUAUUAAGAAAUUAUUAAAACUUAAACCUCCGGAAGAAGAAACCCCGGACCAAAACAGAGAGACUCUACAGGAAUUAGGCAUUUCCACAAAGAAUAUACAUAAAAAGCAAAAGAACAGGUUUGCAGCUUAUGGUCAAUUUGCUAAAGAUAGAAUAGGGGACAAAUUUUUUGCCCCACCCGGCUAUGAACAAUACGCACCAUAUAACGAAUUACCUUCUGAAUCUCAAAAUGACCACGCCAAUGACCAGGGUGAUACAACACUAGUAAACCAAGAGAAGGAUCAAGAGCAUCAUCAUCAUGCCCUCAAGCUAUUCAGUAAACAUAAGUCCAAGCAUGGAAAUGGAGGCUGUAACUCAGCUUCAACUUCACCUUCAGGGGAUGAUCCUUAUGCUGUAAAUACAGACGCAUGCACCUAUUACAACGAGCCAUAUAAAGAGGUAGACAAAGAUUACUUCAACAUGCUUUCUUCAGGUCCAACACCGUCAAGUAAGAAAUAUGUAGAUCCCUACGAACCACAAGUAUUAAGAGAUAGUAAUACAGAUUUAAACGCUUCUGAAAUUGACGAUGCUUGUUCAAUUCCAAAUGGCAAGAACUAUACAUCAUUACCAUCUCGACUCAGCGGAACAGAGAAUACAGCAAUUCCGUAUACAAACCCAUCCUUAUCCUCAAGAAAUGUUACUCCACCUCCAAACUCAAUGAAUUAUGAGUCACGACAUACUAAUCCAUACGCAAUACUAACGCCAGAUAAGUACACUGCCGCCACAACAACGACUCCAAGAAUAAACUCGAAUCCAGGAGUCAGUUCACCAUUGGCGUUUGAUGAUAAUCCAUACACCAGAGCUAGUGAAGUGAAUAGAAGCCUUUCGAAAUAUAUUGUUGAGAGUGAUGGAGGUUUAAAUCAAAGUGAAUUACAUCUCAUGGAUUCGACAGUUGAAAAUAAUGAGGAUGAUUUGAAUGUUACCAUGGAUGGAAUCCAUGACGACUACGGUGAUGGUGACGGUGAUGGUGACGAUGAUGUUGUAGAUUUGAAUGAAACUAUUGGUGAAAAUAAUCUGUCGGGAUGGCAACUACAAGAACAAAUUGAGAACGAAGGACAAGAACAAACGUCAGACAGGGUCGUUAGUACUUACCAUCCUGAAAAAGAAGCUGGAAGUGAUCAUGGUGGCUAUGGUACCGAGCUUAACCCGAAUCCUGGGUACCAAACGUUUGAACAAAUACAAAGGGAAGAAGAAGCUCGUCAACAAGAGGAAGAAGAUGAAGAGGUAGAUCAAGUGAAACAACAAAUCCGAUAUACCAAACAAAGUUCAGUAGCGUCUACACGGAACACAUUAAAGAUGGCACAUGAAGCUGAAAUGGCAGGCAUGAAUACAAUGGGUAUGUUAGGACAUCAAAGUGAGGUUCUAAACAACACUGAACGUAAUCUGGAUUUAAUAAAGGUACAAAAUUCAGUUGCGGAAGAUAAAGUUGAGGAAUUGAAGAAAAUCAAUAGGAGUAUCUUUGCUGUACAUGCCAAGAAUCCAUUUAAUUCUAAGAGGAGACAAAUGGAACGUGAAGAGAAGAUACGUAAUGAAAAAGUGGAACAACAAUUAAUGAUGGAGGAAACCAACAAACGACUUACAGAUUCUACUAAUAGAGUUGCCCAUGCCUUGGAUGAUAAUGGGAAAGAUAAUAACCCCAGUUUAAUUCAAGAGAAAUAUAAGAGACAAGAAAUUUUAAAACGAGCUAAACAAUAUCAAUUUGAAAAUGAUAAAGAAGAUGAUGAAAUGGAAGUUGAAUUAGAUAAGAAUUUGGAUAAGAUUGGUCAAAUAAGUAGUCGAUUGAAAAACUUGGCGAUAGCGUCAGGUGAAGAGGUUCAAUCACAAACGGAACGUCUAAAGAAUAUGGAGGAAAAUACGGACACUUUAGAUAUUAAACUACAAAUGAAUACAUCUAAAUUAGCUGGCAUAAGAUGA